GAGUUUGCCCUCAAGAAAUAAAAGUGAAAAAAGGGGAAGAAAAUAAAAAAUUGCUUUUUGGGCAGCAGAGAAUAGAAUUGUAUCACGAAAUAAAACUAAUAUGCGCUGAGAUGAAACUAAACCAGACCGCACGGCAGAACUUUGAUUCAGGUUUGAAAUGAAUCAGUCGUGAUCACUGAUCAGUCGCACCGCGCCACUCAAGCGAGCGACGUCGUGUUACUCUGUUCUCUGAUAUUUAACUGCAAUUUUCGUAAUAGUUUACUCUCAUCCAACAUUUUUACUUUACUUCACGUGAAAAUUAUAUGUUUUGUGAAUUGAAAGGUAAAUAUGAAUGGUACUACUGGACAGUGCACCAAAGUUAAGUCUGACAAGAUUUACAAUAAAGAUGACUCAGUUAAAAAACCCGGACCACUGAGAAAUGUUUCCUGGAGUGAAAACGUGGAAGCCUCUGAAUUGGAUAUUCCUGGAACACCUAGGACACCAAGAACCUCCACUACUCCAGGACAUGAAAAAUGCACAUUUCAUCAUGACCUGGAGUUGGACCAUCGGCCACCAACGAGAGAAGCAUUACUUCCAGAAAUGUCACGAAGUUAUAAACUACUUUUAAAUUCUCUUGGAGAAAACCCGGAUCGGCCAGGACUCUUAAAGACACCCGAAAGGGCAGCUAAGGCUAUGUUAUUUUUUACAAAAGGAUACGACCAAAGCCUUGAAGAUGUUAUCAACGAUGCAAUAUUUGAUGAAGAUCAUGAUGAAAUGGUCGUCGUUAAGGAUAUAGAAAUGUUUUCAAUGUGUGAACAUCAUUUGGUACCUUUCUAUGGAAAAGUGUCAAUUGGAUAUUUACCGCAGAAGAAAGUUCUGGGUCUCAGUAAAUUGGCAAGGAUUGUCGAGGUGUUCAGUCGCCGUUUACAAGUGCAAGAGCGUCUUACUAAGCAAAUAGCAGCUGCUGUUUCCAACGCAGUUCAUCCAUCAGGAGUAGCUGUUGUCGUAGAAGGAGUACACAUGUGCAUGGUCAUGAGAGGGGUUCAAAAAAUCAACAGCAAAACUGUGACUUCAACUAUGAUGGGAGUUUUUCGAGACGAUCCAAAAACUCGAGAGGAAUUUCUCAACCUAGUCCAUUCAAAGUGAAAUUUAAAUAAUAGUAAUAUAUGUCGAAUGGAAUCGAAAUAUUUUUCUAGUACAAGCAGUGGGAUCAAAUAAGGUUUUCAACACCACAAAUUUAUUAUUAACUCAAAUAUUGAGCGCAACAGUGGCGUAUACUUACAACUAUUGCUUUCUUAAUUCAUUUCCAGAUAAAACAUUGUAGAAAAAAGUUCCAAGUUCUUAAAAUGACUAUUGUAGAAAGAAUAGUUUAAAUGUAAAUUUUCAAUUAAAAUAUCUUAGAGCACCAUUAUUGCACACAAUAUUUCAGUUACGAGAAAGUACUAAAUAUUUAUUUUAAGUCUAAAUAUUUUCAUAUUUUUAAAAUAUCGCACAUAUGAAAAGAAUGACGAGUUCGGAAUUUUGGAAAAAGUAGGGUUCCUAUCUUUAGAGUCAAGAUAAGGAAGAUUAAAAUUUUAUUUUACCCUACAACUUACUUAACCAAUUGUUCUCGGCAUGCGUUUCCACCGUACUUAUUGAGGAACUUAUUAUUAACUUAUUGGACUUAUUGUAAAACCAUCUUUACAUUAUGUUAGUACAAGCUCGGUGAAAACACAUGCGUAAUAUUAGGACCAAGCACAUGAAAAUCUUCCAUACUUUCUUAUUCAGUUUGAAUUUCUAUUUAGGCGAAUCUGAUGAAAUAGAAUUUAUUUUUAUAUUAGUUAAAAUUAGUUAACUUUAACUUAAAUUCAAUUUAGAAAAAUUUUUAUAAAUAAGUUUUUUUAUUAAAUAGAUAUCAUGUCAACAGCUAUGUUGUUAAGUGAUGUUCUCCAGAGUGUAAACUUAAUUAAUUUUUCAAUUAAAGAUUAAGUUCUAUCUGUUUUAUUGCAUAUAGAAAUUCGUAACGAAAUAAAUAUUCUUGAAUAAUUAAGAACAUAAACAUUCGGUCCCAUAUAAAUUUUAGUUUAUACGAUUUGCUUAAAUAGAAAUUACAUCUUGUGUUUCGAAAUAUUCAUGCAUCUCAUCAAAACCUUAUACAAUUGAAGUUUUCUUUUACUUGUGAAGGCAAAGUACUUGUCCACUAUAAGGGACAAAAACACAUAUACCAAUUAAUUUGUUCAUACAUGAACGAACACUUCUUAUUUAGUACCUUAGUUACUAUUCAUUUUUUUAAAUUGACUUUUACAAAAAAUUAAAGAACAAUUUCAACUUUUACUAUAAUGUAACAGUCAGGCAAUUUUGGUAAAACACAAAUUUAUAAUAUUAUAAAAAAGCUAAGUACGAUUAAAAUUAAUAAAGAGUGAAUGUUCACAAUAUGUGACGCUCCACGGCCUGAGCGUCACAUUUAAUAUCAGUGAAUGGCGGUUUAUUUACAAGAAUGUCACGAAUAUUAUUUAAUUACCUAUUUCACCCCUUUACAAUCCAUGACACGUUUUUGGGCAAAAAAUAUCUUUAAAAAAUACUAAAAUAAAUUCGAUUUGGGUUUACCUAUUAAUGUCCCUAAACUGAUUUUUUCAAAGACUGUAAAGGGGUUAAAAUCGUUGCGUGAGAAAAGUGAAGCUGCUGAAUACAAGACAUUUGAGACAAUAAUUUUUAAGUCAUUUACAAGUUUCAAGUUGAAAUAUGAAUCUAUUUUAUAUUUUCAUAUCAUGCACUGAAAGAAAUUCCUAGGCGAUUUGACUAUGCUCCUAGUUACGAGAGUCAUCCACUAAGAAUAUUGGUUACUUUAACUAGGAAUCCUAAAGCACCUACAGCACUAAAUUUGUCAAUAUAAUCAAGAUUCCUAGUUAAAGUAACCUUAAUGCUAUAAUGGAUGCUCAAAUCGUUUAGGCAUUUUUUUCAGUGUGGGAAUUACAUAAAACUUUCUAAAAAUUACUUCGACUACUGGUAAAUCUAAAUGUUUGUUUUAUUUAUUUAAGCUCAUUUAAAACACUUUAAAUAUUUUUAAUAGUAUUUUUAUUGAAUUUCAUUAAUUAAGACUAAGAGUAUUAAACUGAAUAUAAUAUUGAGCGUAAAUCUAAAUUCAGUUACAAAUCGUUAAAAUUUGCAACUUGUAAAUGAACAUUUUUUAAUGUUGUGGAUUAAAGAAAAUAUAUUUACAGUACCGUCCGAAAUUGUCAGUCCACCCAUUUUUAAAGGAAUGAAAAAACUUUGUUAACAUAAAAUUCAUGAAAACUAAA